AAGCGCAGUUAUCUGCAAGUUCUGCACAAGCUGCGUCCAAUUCCAAUGGGCUCGAGAGGCCCUUCGAAGAUCAUCACGAACUCGGCUUGCUCUCACUCGCUAGAUCUGGAGAGCGAGUCGAGUCUCCGUUGUCGAGGACACGGUACAUUUUAUACGGCUGCAUGAACUUGCAUCCUGCCGGAUCUGAUCUACAGAAAUUCAAAACUUCGUUGCAAUUGCCUGCGGAGAUACAAACUUGGAGGAGAAUUGUAGGGUUCUUCAGUGCUCAUUUGUUUCUCUAUUAGUGCUCAGGUUGAUAGACUAUUGAAGUCUAGUAGGACACACAAUGGUAAGUCCCCCGUUACUAAUUUGCUCAAUUAA